AUGGAACCGGAUAAAUCGCCCCUUGAAACGGCGGAACCUGUGGUCUCGUCUCCCCAGGAUGAAAACGUCGAUGGGAAGCGUCCGCCCCCACUACUGGCGAAACUUGCUGCGGUGCUGCUCAUAUCGUGCAUCAGCUUUGGCUCGCAUUGGAGCUCGGGAGUUACGGGUGCUAUGAAGAGCACCAUCAAGAAGCAAAUGGGUGUCUCGAAUACGCAAUUUUCUCUUCUGGAAGCAAGCGAAGACUUUAUGGCGACCGUGCUCUUACUUGGUAGCGGUAUUAUCACGGAUCGUGUUGGUGGUGCAGAAAUGAUCGUUUAUGGAAAUGUUGUUUAUACAAUCGGAUCUAUCCUAGUUGCAGCGGCAACAACGGUGCGCUCGUUCAACUUCAUGAUCGGGGGGCGUGUCAUUUUAGCCCUGGGCGAUAUUGCUACCCAAGUUGCACAGUACAAGAUGUUUUCAUCGUGGUUUCCGCCUAGCAAUGGGUUUGCGUCUACUCUUGGUUUUGAACUGGCAAUUGGAAAAAUUGGUGGCUUCGUGGGAAAAUCCACCGCAAAUGUCAUUGCCAAGAACACCGGAAACUUCGCCUGGGUCUUUUGGACCUCCGUAUUCAUGAACCUGUUUACAAACGCCGCAACAGUCACAUUCUGGUUCUUCACGCGCUACUGUAACAAGCACUACAGCGGGCGUCGAGACGCAGCAACAAAAGAAGUCCUGACAGAGAAGAACAAAAAAUUCGACUUCCGCAAAAUAUUCCAGCUCCCGUGGAUGUUCUGGGCUGUUCUCGCCUUUUCGCUGUUCCAGACAAGUACCGCCCUUGUUUUCAGCCAGAAUGCGACGGAGCUGGCUGAAAAGCGCUUUGAUGUUGAUUCGAUCACGGCCGGGUGGUAUAGUUCUCUAUCGCAAUAUGCUGGUUUCUUUCUGGUCCCAUGUAUCGGCGUCUUCAUCGAUGUACUCGGGAAUCGCGCCAGUCUUUUAUCUGCCUGUGGAAUCGGUAUAUUCCUAAGCAUGGUCCUGGUCAACUUCGCCAACACAAAAGCCGGAACCGCCGCUUCGUUUGGCGUCUUCGCCAUUGCCUCAACGUUCGGCCCGACGUCUAUCAUUGACAGUAUCCGGACAACUCUAUGGCACCAGUCGGUCUUUGGAUCGGCCUACGCUCUCAAAGUUACAAUGAAUAAUGCAAUGAACAUAAUCGUGCGCAUCAUUACCGGUGCUCUCCAAGACGCCGAUAACGACUCCUACGACCGCGUUGUCCGGGUCUACCUCUUCCUUGCGGCAGCUUCAGUUGCUGUCGGGCUGGCGAUAUUAAUCGGCUCUCUGACGACGGAUAGUCUUGCGCCGCUGCAAUGGACGAGAAAACAACGGCUUACUAUAGGGCCAGAGCAUAUUUCCAAGAUCCGCGAGCAGCACCUGGUCAUUUUCUGCGCUCGUAACAAGGUUAUCUCGAUCUGUUGCUUUGCGGCACUCAUGCUUUUGAUAGUUGGUGGGUGGGUGGCGUACAUCUGGGGUGCGGUUACAGGGAAUAACUCGUAG